CACGCGACACUAUCGCGUUAAAGACUUUGCGGCUCAUGUGACGGUAAUAAUUCGCAAGUACAACGGAGAUCGUCAAAGAAUUGCUCCGUAAUUCCUGCGCGUCCACCGACGUGCUGGAAAAUUGUGCUGCCUCCUCAACAAGAAUUACGCGAGCUCGUAUCAAACGCAAACGUAACGCAGGCUUGACGACGGGGGUGGACAAGCAGACAACGUAACGUCAUCCGAUGAAACUUUGAUUGGAUCAACGUAGCACGACUUCCUCGCGAACUUCAUGCACUCGACACAUCCAUAGGUGCGAUCUGCUCACUUACUCUGCUCGAGAAAGAAGGAAGAAGAAACAUCAGUGUAGAAGACUAAAAGCGCGCUAAUUGGAACGAUGGAUUCGGAGGAAGAAACGCUUUAUGAUGACGUUGACUCCGGCAACGAGUCGAGUGGCGACGACGUUGAUUUUGCUAUGGAAAUAGAGUCUGGUAAUCCACGGGAACGAGCUACCGAUGUCGACGAAUAUCCCUUUGAAGUACUUUCUACAGAAGAGAUUGUGCAGCACAUGGUUGACUCCAUAAAGGAAGUCAACACUGUUGUCGAAAUACCAGCUACUACCACACGUAUUUUAUUAAAUCACUUUAAAUGGGAUAAGGAAAAAUUGAUGGAACGAUUUUACGACGGUGAUCAGGAAAAGUUGUUUGCCGAGGCACGUGUUAUUAAUCCGUUUAGGAAAGGUCCUUUGAUAAGCAGAAGUCGGUCCUCUCAAAGCUCGUUAGUAAACCCUAAAAGACCGACAAAUGGAACGGAGGAAUGUGGCAUCUGUUUCAUGAUCUUGCCAUCCUCAAUGAUGACCGGUCUGGAAUGCGGACAUCGUUUUUGUACCGGUUGUUGGGGUGAAUACUUGACAACUAAGAUCAUGGAAGAAGGAGUUGGACAAACAAUAGCAUGUGCUGCUCACGCGUGUGACAUUUUAGUCGACGAUGCCAGUGUUAUGCGACUUGUCAAAGAUUCCAAAGUUAAAUUAAAAUAUCAACAUUUAAUCACCAAUAGCUUUGUUGAAUGCAAUAGGUUACUGAGAUGGUGCCCUUCUCCUGAUUGCAAUAAUGCCAUUAAGGUACAGUAUGUAGAAGCAAGACCAGUCACUUGCAAAUGUGGACACAUCUUCUGUUUCCACUGUGGCGAAAACUGGCACGAUCCUGUAAAGUGUCAUUUACUUCGUAAGUGGAUUAAAAAAUGCGAUGAUGAUUCUGAAACAUCAAACUGGAUCGCUGCUAAUACAAAGGAGUGUCCCAAGUGUAAUGUUACUAUUGAAAAAGAUGGCGGAUGUAACCAUAUGGUUUGCAAGAAUCAAAAUUGUAAAACUGAAUUUUGUUGGGUAUGUCUUGGACCUUGGGAACCACAUGGUUCUAGCUGGUAUAAUUGCAACCGUUACGAUGAAGAGGAAGCUAAAGUAGCCAGAGAUGCACAAGAAAAAUCCAGAUCAGCUUUACAGAGAUAUUUAUUUUAUUGCAAUAGAUAUAUGAAUCAUAUGCAAUCAUUAAAGUUUGAAAGUAAAUUGUAUGCUAGUGUAAAAGAGAAGAUGGAAGAAAUGCAGCAACAUAACAUGUCGUGGAUUGAGGUACAAUUUUUAAAAAAGGCAGUUGAUAUUUUGUGUUCCUGUAGACAGACUCUCAUGUACACUUAUGUUUUCGCUUAUUAUGUGAAAAAGAACAAUCAAUCUGUGAUUUUUGAAGAUAACCAAAAAGAUCUGGAGAGUGCUACAGAAUGCCUCUCUGAAUAUCUUGAAAGAGAUAUCACGAGUGAAAAUCUGGCAGAUAUUAAACAAAAGGUUCAGGAUAAAUAUAGAUACUGCGAUAGCCGAAGAAAAGUGCUUUUAGAACAUGUCCAUGAAGGGUAUGAGAAAGAAUGGUGGGAUUAUAAGGAAUAGAGGAAUCUUGUUAGUUUCAUUUUUUGGGGUGAUACAAGUCCUCUUCCUUCCCACCUCUGCCCCAACUGUGAUAAACCAAGAAAGAGUUAACAAGAGACAAAAAUGGAGCUUGUCACAAAGUGAUGAACGUGUUAUAUGCACUUUAUAUAUAAUAUGCUCUGUGGCAC